AUGUUUUCUUCAUUAUCUUCCAUCGUCUUACUGGGCAUCACAUACUUUUCGAUUAUUGUUUCUGCGGUUCCUGUCUUUACCUAUGAGAACAAUCCUCUCGGCAACAGCUUCCCAAAUCCGUCACCGGAUCAACUGAAGGACAUACAAGUACAAGCACAUGGAAGCUUAUCAAACGGCAAACCACCACCAAAAGUCGACCCUGAUACACUUACAUCGUUACGAUUUGUCGCCUUCAAUGAACUGUUUGAAGUUGCGUUUUUCACAUCCUUGCUCAACAACAUCACCAACAAGAUUGAACAUUAUGAAGCCCAUGAUGGCGUCGAUGACGAGUUAUUUCGAACAAACCUCAUCAAAGUCUUCACAGCGAUUCAAGCCCAGGAAGAACUACACGCUCUCAACGCCAACAACGCCUUGAAGAACUUUGGUGCUGAACCCAUAAAACCAUGCAAAUACGACUUCUCAGUUGUUUACUUGGAGGAUGCUAUUGCUGUAGCGAAAACCUUCACAGACCUAGUCAUGGGGACUCUUCAAGACGUGGCGCAGAACAUGGCAAUCAAAGGUGAUCCCGGUUUUAUCCGAGGUGUUCUGUCUUCACUCGGACAAGAGGGUGAACAAAAUGGGUUCUUCAGAUCCUUUCAAGGGAGAAUACCGAGUGCCCUUCCCUUCCUGACUACGAGCACACGCGAAAUUGCUUUCUCGGCUGUGAACCAGUUCUUCGUCGUUCCAGGCUCAUGCCCUAAUGCGAAUACAAUUGAUCUGCCCGUAUUUCCACCAUUGGCCAUCAGCACUCAGGACACUUUGGAUCUAGCUCGUAAUCCUCGUCCUCGCAAUCUGGGAUUCUCGUUCGAUCUCCCUGAGGGUGGUGCAAAACCAGAAUGGAAAUCCGACUGGACUGGCCUGAAACUUGCAUAUAUCAACAUGCAGAAUGUACCUCGUGCAAUGGAUCUCCUUGAUGUCCGUGUCGAACACAACAAAGUCAAUUUCAACGUCCUCUUUCCAUUCGAUCAGGGUACCUUUGGAAAUUCGAUGACUAUUGCCCUCAUCGUUUCUGCUGAUGCCAAUUUCACCAACGCUGUCACGCUCAUGAAGGCACCAACGAUCAUUGGCCCUGCUUUGAUCCAGGUUAACUAA